AUGGCGAAACGAAAACACCCCGAUCCUGAGGCGGAUUCUGUCGUCGAAGUCCCAAGAGACACCCCCUCCCACACCCCUUCGAAGCGCCGGAGGAAGACGACAGGUGAAGAGGGGGCGGCAUUCACCAAUGGAGACCAUGACAACGGAAGCCCCAGGACGAAUGGCACACCCAAGCAAGAUGAGACACCCUCGAGAAGAAAACGAAAGUCUGCCGUCCAAGACCUCCAGGUCGAGGAGGAUCAAGACGAGGGCAGUCCUACCCCAAAACCCAAUGGUCGCACCCUGUUCUCGACUCCGACUCGAGGUAAAGGCGGAGCUGCAGCUACGACACCUUCAAAGUCGGCACGGUCAAAGGCAGACAGAUCUGCGAAGAGGAAGAGUGCGCGACUGCUCGCUGAGGGCCAGGACGGCGACGAAGACGAAGACCUGGACGGACAAGAGGCUCGGUUGGCGCGGAAGAUACUUGAGGAGGAGGAGGGACACGACGACGACGAUGAUGAGGACACGGACAGAGAUGGACUGGGCGAGGAUGAUGUCGAAGCCAUGGUCGACGGGAACGAGGUGGACAACACACCCUCCAAGAAGACCCCCGGCAAACGAGGACGACCCAAGGGCGCAAAGUCCCGACGCUCACCCACCCCCGAGGGCGACAUCCCUCCUGAAGAGCGGUACUUCUACCAAACCCGUGCCGGACCUCCUCAAGUUUCGGGCAACAAGUUCAACUCGGUCAAACUGCUCACGCACGAGGAGUACUUCGAACAGAUCUCGUCGUGGCGCGACCCCCACGAACCGGAAAAGGCGUAUUUGAUGAAACUGCACGCCCGGUCGUUCCCACAAUGGCGCUUCGAACUCGCCGAGGGGUUUGGUCUGUGUCUCUACGGCUACGGCAGUAAACAGCCUCUGGUCAACCAGUUCGCCGAGUACAUGUACAGCAAAUGCUGUCCCCCGCCUCGCAUCGUCGUCGUCAAUGGCUACGUCCCCAAGCUCAACCUGCGCACCAUCCUCAACACCAUUGCCGCGGCCGUGGCUGAGACCGAAGACGACGCGAUUCGCCUGGUUGGCCAGCCAGAGGAAAUGCUUGAUACUCUGCUGUCCCACCUCACCGACGAUUCUCCUUCCUUGCAGCUGCUCGUGAUGGUCAACUCCAUCGACUCGUCUUCCCUCCGCCGUCCGUCCAUGCAAUCACUCUUCGCCCGCCUCGCGGCCCACCCUCGCGUCUCCUUCCUCGCCACGUGCGACACCCCGACCUUCCCAGCUCUCUGGAACUCGUCCCUCCUCGACCAGUUCAAGUUCGUCUUCCACGACUGCACGACCUUUGCGCCCUACGCGGCCGAGAUCGGUAGCGUGGUGGACGACGUCCACGAACUCCUGGGUCGGAAGCGGAUGCGGGCCGGCGGGAAGGAAGGCAUGGUGUUUGUGCUGAAGAGCUUGCCCGAGAACGCCCGGAACCUGUAUCGCCUGCUGCUCGCGGAGAUCCUGAGCAUUCUCGAAGACGGAGGACCCGACGGCAACGACGAAGAAGAAGUCGCACCUUACAACAACAACAGCAACAACAUCAACGGGGGCGGGGCAGAUUAUGAAGAAGAAGAAGACGACGACGACGACGACGACGAAGAAAAAGGAAGACGAACGAAGCGGAAGAAAUCACGCAGAGGCACGAGCAACAAGAACACAACACCCGGCGCCGUCCCCGCUACCCGCAGAGAGGCAGGUUCCGGCGAGGACGUGGGCGUCGAAUACCGCACGCUCUACCGCAAGGCGGCCGAGGAGUUCAUCUGCUCGAGCAGCAUGAACUUCCAGUUCCUGCUCAAGGAGUUCCUGGACCACCAGAUGAUCACCAGUCGGCGGGACCCCGUCAGCGGCGCCGAGGUGCUGGGCGUGCCCCUGGCCAGGGCCGAGAUGGAGGCUGUCUUGGAGGAGCUCAUUUGA